AUGAAGCUCUCUUCUACUAUCCUCCAAGGCAUCACUAUCUUCGCCGCCUUCGCAUCGGCGAUCCCUCUGUCUGCCCGCUCACCAGACGACGGCUCGAUCAGAAUCCCCGUGAAGGGUGUUCCGGAACCUGAGAAACGCGGUGACGGUGCCAUCCGUAUUCCCGUAAAGGGUGUCCCUGAGCCGGAGAAGCGGGACGACGGAGCUAUCAGGAUCCCCGUGAAGGGUGUUCCCGCGCCACCCGCUGAGGAAUAG